GCAGGGGCCGGGCAGGCUCCCGGGCGCGCGGCUCCCCGGACCCCGCGCCAGCCACCGGCGCCUCCUCGGCCGCGGACCGCCGAGGGUUAAUGAAAAAGCCCCACGCCCCCUUUGACGGCGCAGAGCCCACCUCGCCGAAUUUGAAAAGGCGGCCCUGGAGAGGCGUGGGCGCCCCCAGACGCGUCCAAGUCGUCGCCGGGCUCCGCUCGCUCGCCGGCUCCCCCGCUCUGCCUUCGGCGGGGGCCGCGGGUCCAGUCCCGCCGCGGCUGCGCUCCCGCCUGUCCUCGCGCCCGGGCUCCGGCUCCCCCGGGCGGCUGCGCAAGAUGAAGCUGGCUCUCCUCCUGCCCUGGGCGUGCUGCUGCCUCUGCGGGUCGGCGCUGGCCACCGGCUUCCUGUACCCCUUCCCGGCCGCAGCCCUGCAGCAGCACGGCUACCCCGAGCCGGGCGCCGGCUCCCCCGGCAGCGGCUACGGGAGCCGCCGGCACUGGUGCCAUCACACCGUCACGCGGACAGUGUCCUGCCAGGUGCAGAAUGGCUCAGAGACAGUGGUCCAGCGUGUGUACCAGAGCUGCCGGUGGCCCGGGCCCUGUGCGAACCUCGUGAGUUACAGGACUCUGAUCAGACCCACAUACAGAGUGUCCUACCGCACGGUGACAGCACUGGAGUGGAGAUGCUGCCCUGGCUUCACUGGGAGCAACUGUGAGGAGGAAUGCAUGAACUGUACCCGGCUCAGCGACAUGAGUGAGCGGCUAACCACGCUGGAGGCCAAGGUUCUCCUGCUGGAAGCAGCAGAGCAGCCCGCAGGCCCGGGCAAUGACCUGCCGGUCCCCCAGAGCACCCUGCCGCCCUGGAAUGAGGACUUCCUCCCCGAUGCCAUCCCCCUCGCCCACCCGGGGCCCCGAAGGAGAAGGCCCACGGGCCCAGCCGGGCCCCCGGGGCAGACGGGACCGCCAGGGCCUGCAGGUCCACCGGGCUCCAAAGGUGACCGGGGCCAGGCGGGAGAGAAGGGCCCAGCAGGACCUCCUGGGCUCUUGGGGCCGCCAGGGCCCCGCGGGCUUCCUGGAGAGAUGGGGCGCCCUGGCCCCCCCGGCCCCCCUGGCCCAGCAGGCAGCCCGGCCUUCCCUCCAAACAGCCCCCAGGGCGUCCUCUACUCCCUGCAGCCUCCGACGGACAAGGGCGACGGAGACUCACAGCUGGCUUCUGCUGCUGUGGACACAGUGCUGGCCGGCGUCCCAGGGCCCCGGGGCCCCCCCGGCCCUCCAGGUCCCCCUGGGCCACAUGGUCCCCCAGGACCCCCAGGUGUACCCGGAUCUCAGGGCCUGGCUGGAGAGCGGGGCAUGACGGGACCGGCUGGUGAUCCUGGCGGGAAGGGGCAAGAGGAGGAUAAAGCUGCUGCCGAGGGUGAGGGGGUGCAGCAGCUGCGGGAGGCCCUGAAGAUCCUGGCAGAGAGAGUCCUCAUCCUGGAGCACAUGAUUGGGAUCCAUGAUCCCUUGGCCUCCCCUGAGGGGGGCUCUGGCCAAGAUGCUGCCCUGAGAGCCAACCUGAAGAUGAAGCGUGGUGGCUCCACGCCCGACGGCCCCCUCGCGGCCCUGCUUGGCCCCGACUCUGGGCAGAGGAGCGCUGGUCGGGCUGGCGGCGGGCAGUAAGAGGCCAGCUCUCCAGGACAAGCCCCGGCUCUGCCAGAGACCCAACCCUGAGGCCUAUGUUGGCGUGCUGGCUCCUGAAGACACCCCAAGCGGGACUGGGCUCCAGGCACCGACGAUUGUGCAGGACACUGGCUCCCAGGGGGGACUUGGGGACAGAUGGCAAGUCCAGAGGCAGAGUCCAGAGGGCCCUAGCACCCUUGGCGGGGCCCCUUCCUGGUCCCUGCCCUCCCCACCCUCACUUUCUGCAGGAGACAGGAUCUGGGUGGGCUGGGUGGGGCGUGAGAAUAAUCCUAAUACUCAUCAUUUACUGAGUCCAGGCCUGUCCGAGGAGCUUUCCCUGCAUUGUCUCAUUUAACCCUUAGGAGGUAGGCUUGUUAUCCCCACUUUUCACGGGGGGGACGGAGGCCCGGUGAGUCUAAAUCACCUGCUGAGGCCCCCUGGUUCCUUAACCCUCGACCCUGCCAGCUUCCUGUCUUCACAGGGGAGCUGAGUGGGCGCAGGGCCAUGGGGAGGCUGGACUGGUCCACAGGGAAGAAAGGCAGGGUCCUGGGCCUCCUUCCUUGACCCCCUCCCCAGGGCUCAGGGUCUGCUCCAGGGUCUGGCAGUGUGUGGCCUGCAGCUGCUCUCAGAGGCCUAGGAGACCCUGAAUAAACCCGUGACAGUCCCACGGACUUGGGGACAGUGAGAGAGGAGCACCGGGGUGCAGGGGCCUUCGUACUAAAUGGGCAUCGCCCACCAGUGCCUCCCAGGUUCAGAACCCACCCAGGCCUGCCCCUGGGCCAAGAGCAGGGAGGGUUUACUGGGAAGGCCAUCUGUUGCAGCCUUGCCCUCUCUGGAAAUCUAUAGGGUUGGCCAUUUCUGGCAUCGUACAGCAAGUCCCAUGUCCCCUUGACAAACUAGAGAUAGGACAGCCGCCCAAGUCCCAGGCCCCGCUGGGGGAGAUGCUGUGGGCCCAGGCCAGGGACCCCAGAGCAGCUUAAACUACAGGCCUCAGGGUCCCUCAGGCCACAGGUCCCCUGUGAGCCAGGCCAGCCCUGGUGCUCCUCUCUUGCUGGGCCAGGGCCUGGUCUCCACAGCAAACUCAGAGAUUUUGGUGCUACCCUGGCUCAUGUCUCCCCUCAGGGCAGGAGCCGUCUGUCCCCAGUGUCCAUGGUGCUCUCCGGAGUGGGUGGCCUGGUCCUGCCAGGCCCUGGUGACCUCCCCCUGCUGUCCAGGCCCCGGUGCCCCGUGAGAGGCAGGACUGGCCUGGGGCCCGAGGUGUGGUGGUCAGAGGCGGGCGGGAAGUCUAUAAUGCUCUGACAAUAAAGGUGCUCUCCCCACUGGG